AUGGGUUGGUUGAAUUAAAAGUUAUUUGUUGGUUCACAAUAGGAGAUAAACUACAUGUAAUGAAUAAAAUCAGGGGAGAGGAAAAGAGUAAAUAAGCGCCAACUGUUGGUCUCUAUCUUGACUGUUAAAGGGCUCUUUGACUUCUUGGUUGCCUUGGAAACCUAUAUACAGUACAGCAGGUGGUUGAAGGCUGGGGAGCGAGUCUUAUUUAGUUAGCCACCAAAUAUCGAACAAAACUGUCUUGGUGUAUUUGGUCACCUUUAAACUUCCGUCGUAAUGCCUUUGACUAAUAGUAACCGAAAGGCCUCAAAUGUUCAGAAGUUACCCGGUUUAAAGUCAACUAAAGCCGCAAGUAAGAAAAAGGAUGAGGAAGAGGGUGUGGAUGCCGGUGAUGUCUUAGAUGAGUGGUCUCAUGGGAAAGCGCUUAUUAAGCCAACGGAUCAACUGGAGCUCACUGAUGCUGAGCUGAAAGAGGAAAUCACCAGGAUCCUGACCGCAAACAACCCACAUGCUCCCCAGAAUAUUGUCCGCUACAGUUUUAAGGAACGUUCCUAUAAGCUUACGAGUGCAGUAGAUCAGUUAGCUGUUCAUUUUGUCCUGGAGGGUGGUCUCCUGCAUCAAGACUCUGAUGAAGCUCAACGGUUGAGGGCCAAAGAUAGUCUCCCAGAAGAGACUACAACAGUUGACACUGGAGCAGAAGUUGAAGAGGAAAAACCAGAAACCCCAGCUACACCUGUAGAUGAUGGAGGCGAAGCAGAGGAAGACAGACCAGACAGCGUUGCCUCUAAAACUAACAAGAAGGAGCCAAAACUUACUAACCAGUUCAAUUUUAGUGAGAGGGCUUCCCAAACCCUCAAUAACCCAUUAAGGGAGCGAAGCUGCCAGACCGAACCCCCUCCACGCAACAACUUCUCUGCCACUGCUAAUCAGUGGGAGAUCUAUGAUGCAUAUGUGCAUGAGCUGCAGAAACAAGAAAAGAACAAAGAGAAGCAGAAGUCUGCACUCUCAAAAAAAGAUGAAAAAAGCAAGAAGAAAAUGAUGCUGAUGGAGACUCAGGGUGAUGACAUAACCAAAGUGGGCAAAGCAGCCAAAAUCUUUGAACGAAUGGUCAAUCAAAAUACACUUGAUGAUAUUGCACAAGAUUUCAAAUACUUUGAGGAUGCUUCUGAUGAGUUCAGGGACCAGGAGGGCACCCUUCUCACUUUGUGGAAAUUUCAGUAUGAUAAAGCCAAAAGAAUGACUGUGACUGCCCUCUGCUGGAAUAUGAAACACCAGGACUUGUUUGCUGUGGGAAUGGGAUCAUAUGACUUCAGUAAACAGGGAUGUGGCAUGCUUGUUUUCUACUCAUUGAAGAACUCGGCCUUUCCAGAGUACCUCUACCCCACUAGUUCUGGUGUCCUGUGCCUUGACAUCCAUGAGCAGCAUUCCUACCUGGUGGCAGCGGGCUUCUACGACGGCUGUGUGGCUGUAUACAACUUGAAAGAGGAAGGGCUGGAGCCUGUGUACAAGAGCACAGCCAAGACUGGGAAACACACUGAUCCUGUCUGGCAGGUCCGCUGGCAGAAUGAUGACAUGGACAACAACCACAAUUUCUAUUCUGUGUCAUCCGAUGGACGAAUUGUGUCUUGGACACUUGUUAAGAAUGAGCUGGUUUUUACAGACAUCAUCACGCUUAUCCUGAAUGGUACUGUCUCUGAGGGGCCAGAUGGGGUACAGCAGCCCAGCAUUGCCUGUGGUACAUCGUUUGACUUCCAUAAGCAGAUCGACUAUCUCUUUCUUGUUGGCACAGAGGAAGGUAAAAUACACAAGUGCUCCAAGAAUUAUUCCAGCCAGUUCCUAGAGACCUAUAAUGCCCAUAGCAUGGCAGUGGAUGCUGUAAAGUGGAACCACUUCCAUCCACAGGUCUUCAUCUCAUGCAGUUCAGACUGGACCGUCAAGAUUUGGGACCAUACCAUCAACUCUCCAAUGUUCAUCUUUGACCUGAAUGCAGUUGUUGGAGACGUCUCCUGGUCUCCAUACUCCUCCACGGUAUUCGCUGCUGUCACAAGAGACGGAACAGUUCAUGUUUUUGACCUCAACAUCAACAAAUACGAGGCUAUCUGCCAGCAGCAAGUGGUGUCCAAAAAGAAGACCAGGCUGACUCACAUUGAGUUUAAUCCCAUCUACCCUAUAAUCAUAGUGGGCAACGACCGAGGCUCUGUCACCAGUUUCAAACUCUCCCCUAACCUCCGCAGGACACCUAAGGCCAAGAAGGGUCAGGAGCUGCCUAAGGGUCCUGAAGUGGAAAUAGCCAAGAUGGAGAAGCUUCUCAGUUUACUGAGGGAACCAGAGCCAAGCACAGUUUAACGCCUCUCCCUAACGUGCAGAUGAAGCUAACGUUUAAGGAAGAAGAGUUACUGCAAGAGGAACAAAUGAGUGUAAUUAAGCACUUCUGGAUUAAAUCCAGACACCUUGUCUCGACUGGCACACAUCGUUCUGGGAAUCUGUCCAGGAAAGAGCAAGAAUCUCUUUGAUAUUGAAGUUUUUAAAGGAACUUUAAGUCACAGGGUGUUUAUGGUUUUGCCUUUCUCUUCAUUUCUUUGCAUCAUAAUGAUCUCGCUUUCCAUCAGAGUACCACUAAUGGCCCAAACUGUCUCUCUCUCCCUUUGCCUGGUUUCAUGUCUUCCUAUGACCGUGCGGCGCUAUUGUCUCAUAAGUGUCAUCCUCCACUUCACCUUCACAAGUUUAUUUAGAGCAGGGCUGCGGAACAAAUGGUCGCCUCCAUUGUGUGGUAAUGAGAAUACAGCUGUGACAGUUACCUCAUUACAGCAGCCAUAGGGAACAGACUGCGGGGCUGGCCGGAGAACUCUUCGUUUUGUUUCAUACAACGUGACCAAAUGGGUCUAGUAAUGCAAGAAUUAAUUAGAGCUAUUUAGCAUGUGUGUGUUUUGAGUUGUUGGGUUAUUUCUCUAGAGCCAUACAAUAUUCAUAUGCAUACAUACAUAGCAUAUUGUAUAUAGAAUAAUGACUUGAUCCUGGUGCAACUUGGGCCAUGUAUCCAAGACCGAGCCGUGGUUGUGGUACAUUAGACAUGCUCAACAUGUUCUGAGCCCCUUCCUCGCUUAUUGCUGAAGCCUGCAACGCGUCAGGUUAAACGCUAGCGAUGUGGCGGAAUGUGGAGGUAGAUGGGUAAUUUGGGUUAGGCAUGUGUGACUCAGUCCGGAGCGAUUGUGCCAUCAUGGAUAGCAACAAGCAGAUGUUAGGUGAUGCAAGGGUCGCAUUGAAGAGGACACAAAUCUAAACUAAGCCUCUCUAGUUCUUAUGUAACACCCUCAGCGAGCACUGUGCCUCACAGAUCACUGGUAUUUAUGAGUGACAAUGACACACACACACUCCACACAUGCCCAGGUCCACAGACUGUUUGUCUUUUUUCAGGAGAGAAUAUGAAAUAAGGGGAUAUAUUUAGAAGCCUCCAACAACAGUCCAGUCGUCCUCUGUGUGCUGAAUAUUCCUUUCUCUCGGUCUCAGUCUAACCCGUAUUCAUCCUUGCGACUGUGUCCUUUUUCUUCCCUUGCUUUAAUAAAUGUGUACAUUCAA